AUGGCGCGUGACUCCGCUCCUCCAUUGACGGCGGCGGCGGCGCGUUCGCGGGAACGGAACCGGUUCCUCCAGCGAUCGGCGCGGGCGUCGUUCCAGGCAAGACACCCGAAGCCUCACUCGGCCUCGCCGGCAACCCGCCACCAGUUUACCUCCGCGCGGCCUCUGCUGGUGACGUCAGCAGUAUCCUCGGCGGGCGCGCCCGCCUGCAGCCCCCGCGCGCUCGCGCCAUUUGACUGCGGCCGCUGCCACUGCCUCUGCCGCUGCGCGCGCCCGCCACGUGUAACGCGUGCAGUAAUUAGGGGCCCGGCAGCCGCAGAGGGAAGAGGAGUCUGCCGUGCGGAGGCGGCGCUGGGCGGCGAGCACGUGGCCGGGCCUCGAGUGGCGCCCCGAGGUCGCCGCCCGCCUCCGCCGCCGCCUCCGCCGCCCCCGCGCUACCAUCGAUCGGCCAAGGCCACGUGCCGCGACUCGCCGACCCUGGCCGCGCCCCCCAAGGCUGCCCACCCCACCCCCGCUAACCCUACUGCGCCGCCCACACUUGCUUACGGCGCGCUUCUCUCUCGCCGAAGAGCACAAUUUCUGACUGUUCGAGAACACUGUACCACGUAA